UGUGUGCAGCCCAUCCAGACAGAAUAAAGACAGACAGCACUGCUUCCUGACAGCAGUUUCAGCUCGCAGCCUGCACCUUACAAAUCUACAGAGAGAGUCAUUAAACAUGUCGAUAUUCGAGACUUUCUGAAGAUUUAAAUGACUUUCGUGCAACAGCAAAGAUCGUUUAAAGCGCCAUCAGACUUUGGAAACAGAAUAGGGUGGAGAAGAAACACUUCCAUACACGGCGAUAAAGGUGGAAGUUGUCAUCUGACUGUAACUGAUCUCCUCCACUCAUGAAGGGCAUGGAGAUGUUGCGCCGCUCCUCUGUGUUUGCGGCUGAAGUCAUGGAGGCGUUUGAUCGCUCUCCCACGGACAAGGAGCUCGUGUCUCAGUCUAAAGUCUUGUGCAGGGACUACAUUCACUCCAGACUCCAUCAGGCUGGGAUCGGAUGGUCUAAACCAGAGCAUGGAUCCGGAGGAACACUGGCUGAGGUGUCGUCAGUUCUUCUGUGGUUGGGUGAUGAGCUGGAGUACCUGCGACCCAAUGUGUACCGCAACGUAGCAAGACAGCUCAACAUCACAAUUGCAUCUGAGAGUAUAGUCUCUGAUGCCUUUUUGGCCGUUGCUGCAGAAAUCUUCUCUACAGGUGUAACAUGGGGGAAGAUCGUGUCUCUGUAUGCUGUGGCUGGAGCUCUGGCUGUGGACUGUGUUCGGCUUGGGCAUCCAGCGAUGGUGCACACCAUUGUCGACUGCAUGGGCGAGUUUGUUCGCAAAAGCCUUGUGUCAUGGUUAAAGAGGAGAGGAGGCUGGGCGGACAUCACAAAGUGUGUAGUCAAUACAGAUCCCAGUUUUCAGUCUCAUUGGCUGGUGGCAGCUGCCUGUGCCUGCGGUCACUAUCUCAAGGCUGUGGUCUUCUACUUGCUGAGAGAAAAAUAAAGAGCAGCACAAUCAAGUGAUGGACAGCUGGACUCUUCCAAAACUGGCAGAAGGGGUUUUUAGUCACUGCUUAAGCCUUUCACUGCUCUUGAUGUGUUUACACUUGCACAAAGUUUGCACUUUUCCUUUAAAGGAUAGUCUUCAAGAUGAACCGUUAUCUUAUGUGUUAAACCUGGCCUCUUGCACUCUAGGCAUUCCUUGCUGUUACCAAUUUCAUUGAACCUAAUGUUGAUAUGCAAAAUACCAUGGCCGGCGGGACACAGCUGAGAGAAAGCUAUUGUGACCUUUGUAUUUGUGUGUGAAAUACAGUGUUCAUGUACUUGGCCUAGACCAACGUUGACUAAUCAGAAAGUUUCUCUGAAUAUUAUGACAUUUUUCACUGUCUGGAGUUCAUGAGAAAACAGGUCCGUGUGAAAUGGAGAUCAAUAUCAGGAUUAUAUUCUUGUAUUUCCCAAGGAAAAACAACAAACUACUGUAUGCAAAUGACUGUCGGAGAGAGAAAACAAAUAGAUUUUGGUCAACUAAUAAUGAAAAAUGGAUCUAGCAUUUCAGUUCAUGCCAUACAGGUCGGAACCUGUCAGUUAGUUUUUUUUUUCUUUUAUAGUGUUGUCUGUCUCUUCUAUGUAUUUUCUAUUUUUUUUUUCCUUGUGUAAUAUUUUCCCCAGAUCUUAUAUUUAGCGUUGUUAGUACCACGUUAAAUAACUGUAAGAUAUCAUGGAGCCAUCAGUAUAACUUAAAACUUGGUGUUUUGUCAUUUUGUUUCAUUUUUUUUUUUCUUGUAUAGUUCAGUUUAUAAAAAUUAUUAUUAUGUUGAAAACUACACCUUGUUGUGUAUGCUACACUGAAUGUAUGCUAAAUAAAAAUAUAUAAUUAUA